GUGAAAAUACCACAGAGGGCUAACAUGUCUAAAGAUGGGACUUAUUUAUUGUUUGAGGGCUUUCUGCAGAAAAGAAAAGAUACGAUGAAAAUAAGGUGGGCAACUUACUGGUUCAGGCUUCAAAACACAACCUUGUUCUUCUACACUAGGGAGAACUGCAGUGCUUCACACCUGCGAGGCUAUUACUACAUUUGCACAGUGCAGUCAGUGCGGGAGGUCCAAAGAGAGGACAGCAAGCGCUUCAUGUUUGAGAUCAUCAUGACGAAUGGAAAGAGAAAAAUGUUGGCUGCAGAGACAGCUGCUCUCAGACAGGAGUGGGUGGCACACCUCUGGCAAGCCAUGCAUCUUUCUUCUUCGGGGAGUUCAAACAGAAGCACACACCUCCAAGUGUGUGAGCAUCGAGACAGAAUGAACAGCAUCAUCCCUGUCAGCUCACAGAGAGACAGUGUGAUUGACUAUCUGCCUCCUCGGCCCCUCUCGGCCCCCGUAUCCCACAUCCACCAUGACAUUAGGAGCAUCACCUCUCCUGCCUGCCUACCCGAGAAUCUUGAAGCUCUUGAAGAGCCCACAUACCAAAACCUAGAGCUAAACCAAGCUGGUGGAAGUGUGGACAGCCCUCAGUGCUCCAGGGGGUUCAGCAAUGCAGAGCGAACAAAAGAAGGAGACUACGACUUCUUACCAGUUAGAAAAAAGGUGUGUGAGAUCAACGAUUCAACAGAGACGACAGAGGGUGUGUAUGACGUACCUGUCUCCUUCAGGAGGGUUGAUGAACAUGCAGACCGAACAGAAAGCAUAUAUGAUGUUCCAAGCUCUUUAUUGAGGAAGCUGUCUGAUCACUCUUCAGAGGAGCAGCUGACAGAUGGAGUCAACUGGAUCACAUCAACUCAUACAGAGUCAAGUCAGUGACCUGUGGAGAGUUUUGCUGCCACAUAUCUGUAGAUUUGAUCGCGAUUCUCUGACAGGUAUUAGCACAGCAGGAGACAUGUAAAAACUGUUGUUACCAUCGCUAAGCUUCUGUAUUCAAAAGAGCAUACAUGACCCUGACAGAGAGAUUCUAUUACUGUAUUUAUUUCAGCUCCUUCUUUGCACACCAGAGAACCACACAGACAUUAAUAAGCAUUGAGAACGCUUGGUACAGAAAUGACUUCAUAUUACAGAACGGGGCAGUCACAUUGUGGUUUACAGGGUUAGAUGCCUUUCUACAAGUUGAUCAUAGCUUUCUAGUAAACAAAACACCAACUUUUAUAUUGCUGUAUACAAACUUUGGACUGGUUUACAGGAAUGGUUUGAGACACUUGAGCUGCAGGUCCACUGGAAGAUAAAUUAAACUUGGGCAUGCUAAUCUUUUCUGUAAGCCCUAAAUAUCUAUAUAUCAUUUUUCCAUAAAUAUUUCUAUUUUUUUUUUUACAGAAAACAAAUGAUGAGUAAAUGUUUAGGGACAUGAUGACAGAUUUUUUCACACUACGCAUCGAGCUGGUAAUGCUGGGAAGAUAAAAAUAUUACACCACUGAUUUCCCAAACAACGAUUAAACCCACAUCUAACAUCACUCCAUAAGACAAGUUGUAUGUACAUUAUCCAUUAGGAAAAUAAUACAGUAGUGCAGGUACUGGUUUGAAGUAUAAACAAAAGCAAGGCGUAUGUAACAAGCAUAAAAGUGAUCUGUGCAUUCUCAACAUGUUCCUUCUCCAAAGAAAAUGAGUACGAUCAAAUAUAAACAAUAAUAAAGGAAUAUUUGCACAUCAGUAAGAAAAUCAUAAAUCCACUCCAGGAGCAGCCUCUUUACAUUAGAUUGGUUCUUUGUCAUCAUCAUUGUCAGUUAGCAACAUAAUAGUAUUUGGUUCAUUAAGAUGAUACACUCACAAUAAAAUAGCCUAUGAUAAAGUUUAGAGGAAAGUGCCACUCAACCCUUACACUGAUAUUUAUUUUCAACUACCAUCACUGAGAUUAUAACCUAUCUAUUCUUUCCUAAUAUAAUCUCCAAAUAUAAUACUCUGUCACUGAGAUGUAGUGAUGUUUCAGAGUUGGUCCACUAUUCUUAGGCAAAAAAAAAAAGACACGUUUGUUGAAGGUCUAUUGUUACGUUGUCAGUGUUUUACAGUACAUGUUUCAGAUCUGAUCACCACUCUGAGAACUGAGAAGCAAAUGUAAUCAGCUGUAAAGCCAGUACAGGAAGAAUGUGUUUUAAUAACUCAUUAUAACAUGAAUCCCCCAUGUAGGAGGUUGUUUAGUCGAAAUGUCCCGACUGUCAAAGCUUUUAUCUAGCAAAGUGAUAUUAAAUAUAGGAUGUAGUGCUAUGAUUAAAAGAGUAUUAGGUAAUCUGCUGUCAUAGGUUGGCCACACACGAGACGAUUUUAGGCCGAUUUAGGACCUGAUGAGUUAGUGCUAUAUGACUAUUCCACUUCUCUCUACCAAAUCAAAGCCUCCCCAUCCUGGGAUCAUAAAUACCAAGCAUGUUUGAUAUAUAUAAUUCUAGGUAGGACUGCUGCUGACAGAAUAUUCACAAUAACCAAUGAGAGGAGCAGACUGGGAAGCAUCACCAACCAGCGCUAUAAGCCACACCUAUUUGUCUUCUCAGCAAGGAUUACCUGUGAGAUCUUGUGUCUGUGGAAUCUCCACUGUGAGAUCUUUCCACAGACAAAUACACACAUCUUUCCACAUUUUUUCCAAUGUAUUUUUAUCUUAUUUUAUUUUUUAUUCUUAUUCUUUACCUUUAUUUUAUUUUAACUUUGUAAGUGUAUUGUCGUACUCUCCUGUCUAUUGCUGAAAACUGCUGUAACUAUUUUUCUGGUCAAGUGUGUGGUCUAACGGUCUUAGUGGAGUCGUCAAGUGUUUGUGUUCAGGCGAUUGUUACUGUCCUUAUAUGUGUGUGCUCUCCCACAGUUUUAAAGUUGGUUAAGAUCCAAAAGUCGGCUAGUGUGUGGCCAACCUACCAGAAACAGAUGAGGUUUCCAGCCCUCAAAAACGUAGAGUUAUUUUGUUUUUCAAUGUGAUCAAGCCUGGGCCUGGGAUUGCUCCCUGAGGAACUCCUCCAGGACAGAAAUGAUGCUGCAGGCUUCAGGCAGGUCGCUGUGCUCCGCUCUGGCAUUCUGCAGCAACACAUCCCCAUUUCCACAGCCCUGCAGGAACUGGCAGCAGCGGAACAGGGCGUAGUGACUCAUCUCUGCUUGCCGCACGUAACGCUUCAGGCUGUUCAUGUCCUGGAUCGCCUGCGCAGGGUAGAGAAAAGUGGUUGAUAGAGAGGAAGAGAAGUGGAAGAGAUCAGGAUGAAAGCUGAGUUGCACUGUGUAUCAGCCAAGAGGAACUUAUUACUACUGCUCAAAGAUCAUCCUGUGGACUAAUGGGAUUUUAAGAUUCAAUAUGAUACCAAACUCAUUGUGACUUUUUAAUAGAACAAUAAAAGGCUGUAUGCAAAGAUGCAAUUAAAUUAAAUCCAGAUAUUUGGAAACAGUUA